AUGACGUGGACACCAGAAAAUACUUCUGCAUUAUGUGCUACAAAUCCAAAUGGUCCGACCUGUACACCAUCACAAAUUUUGUUCAUGGCUUUUGUUGCCAAUUUAUUUUCAUCUUCAAGGGAUGAAAGUUCUAAUUUAAAAACUGAGCCCGAAAACUAUGAUUUUAUAAUCGUUGGUGCUGGUUCAGCUGGAUGUGUUGUGGCAAACAGAUUAACGGAAAUUAAAAGCUGGAGUGUUCUUUUAUUGGAAGAUGGUGCAGAGGAACCAAAAGUUACCGAGGUGCCAGCUUUUACUUCACUCAUAUCCGGAAGUAACAUCGUAUACAAAUAUAACGUCCAGCCAGAUUUAAAUUCAUGCAGAACGAAAUCGUGCUUAUUUGUUAUGGGCGGUUCAAGUGCAGUUAAUGGAAUGGUUUACACAAGAGGAAACCGAGCCGACUUUGAAGAUUGGGCUAAAUUGGGAAAUACUGGCUGGAAUUAUGACCAAGUAUUGUCUUACUUCAAAAAAUCGGAAGACAAUCGUGACCAAGAUGUAAUAAGGGACAAUCCAGGAUACCAUGCAACUGGAGGAUACCAAAGCAUCCAAAAAUACCCCUACACAGAUAUAAACAGUAAAAGAGUAAUUGAGGCCUUCCAAGAACUGGGAUUUAAAAAAACCGAUCCAAAUGGCGAAACACAAUUAGGCGUAUCUAAUAUUCAAUGGACUGUAAAAGAUGGAGUCCGUGUAAGCACAAAUGCGGGUUUCAUUCGACCAAUCAGGAACAAAAGAAGCAAUCUUUUUAUCAAAACUGAAGCUCAUGUGACGAAAGUGAUAAUUGACCCAAAAACAAAAAAAGCUCUAGGUGUUGAAUAUACACAUGACGGAAAAUCUAAAAUUUCUUAUAUAAAGAAAGAAGUUAUUCUUUCCGCAGGUACAAUAGAAUCUCCAAAACUACUCAUGCUGUCUGGAAUCGGACCAAAAGAAAUUUUGGAAAAACACAACAUUACCAUAUUUCAAGACUUGCCUGUUGGACGCAAUUUGCACAACCACAUUAAAAUAGGACUACUUGAUUUUUCUAUGACGAAUAAGAGCUACGCGACUCUAACCACUUUGGAGAAAAUGAAAGAGGAUGUAAACCGUUAUUUAAAAACACACGAUGGUCCGGAUUCUGGAAGAGGUCUUAGUUCUGUUAUGGCUUUUAUAGAAACAAAAUUCACAGAAAGGAAGGAUGCCCCUGACAUUCAAGUACAAUUUGAUUCUAAUCAAAUGUCAUAUCAACCAUCUGCUUAUUACGAUAGUCUUAAUGCAUCCGUGUUCAUGCUUUCACCAAAAAUUAGAGGAUAUAUUGAACUUAAUGAAACGGAUCCAAUUUUGGGUAAUCCUUUAAUUUAUCCGGGUAAUUUCACAGCAGAAUCAGAUGUUGACAUAAAUGCUUUAGUUGAAGGUAUUCGUAUUGUCUUGAAAAUCGCAGAUACUAAAAUUUUUAAAGAUAGUGGGUAUCAGCUUGAUAGAGUUCCAAAUUCCCCUUGCAAGCAGUUUGCGUUUGGGAGUGACGAUUAUUUUAAAUGUAUUGUGGUUGAAUAUGCCUCUUUUGCUACAAAUUAUGUUGGGACAUGUACAAUGGGGACGAAAGAUUCUGAGGCUGUUGUUGAUCCAAGAUUAAGGGUUUAUGGAGUACAUGGAAUUAGGGUUAUUGAUGCUUCGAAUAUGCCAUCAGUCGUGAGAGGAAAUACUUUGGCAGCUACUAUUAUGAUUGCGGAAAAAGGUAGUGAUAUGAUUAAGGAAGAUUGGAAAAUAAGAACACAAUAA